AAUUUUUCUGCAACCAUAUUUAAUUUUAGCUAAUCGCCUUACUCGUUACUUUCUACUUCCUCUUCAUCUACACUCUCUAGUCUCUAUCUCUUUCUUUUGUACUUCAUUUUCCACAUUUUCAUACUCUCCCUCUUCUUUAACUUUUUGUCGAUACAUUUAAUGCGUUUCUAGAUCAUCCAUCUCUGGGGUUCACGAAAUUUCUCAGCUUUUCCUCUUACUAGAAUCGAAGAUUUGUGCUCAAGGGUUACUAAAUUUGGGUUUUAGGGUUUCUUGGUCGACGUGAUGAGUCACCGGCGAGAUUCCGGCAGCGAUGCAGUUCACGUGAGAAUUGCCAACGACCCUCCGCCGGAUAAUUGGUUUCCCAAUUCCGGCAACAAUCCCGUCUGGGCCACUGAGGAUGAUUACAACCGCGUCUGUUCAGUGAACCCCGAUGAUACGGAGUCUCCGAGCAAGAAGACACGAUCGUCCUCCUCCGAGAUCGGGAAAUCGUUCUUCAAGACGAAGCUCUGCUUCAAAUUCCGCUCCGGAACUUGUCCGUACGCCGCGAACUCUUGCCACUUUGCUCACAGCUCCGAAGAGCUCCGGCGUCCACCGCCGCCGCCCAAUCGGCAGGAGACGGCGGAGAGUGGAAGAUUGUACAAGGAAAGACAUUGCAAGAAGUUUAUGAGUGGAGAAGGAUGUCCUUACGGAGAAAGCUGUACGUUUCUACACGACGAGGCUUCAAGAAACAGAGAAAGCUUUGCGAUUAGUUUAGGUCCUCGUGGUUAUGGUGAUGCUAGCAAUGUUGCUCAGACUUUGAAACCUCCAAAUUGGAAGACAAGGAUUUGCAAUAAGUGGGAGACUACUGGGUAUUGUCCUUUUGGUACUAACUGCCAUUUUGCUCAUGGAGCUUCAGAGUUGCAUAGAUUUGGUGGAGGCCUCGUUGAAGAAGAAGGUAAGAUCGGAACAUCCACCACUCCGGACACAAUGCAGACAGGACAAGGAGAUACAGUGACUAGCCUUGUUUCUCCUGGAGUCCCGUCCCAACGGAUAUCUAGUGCCGUUACUCAGAAACCCAACGGUGUCAGAACUCAACGGAAAUGGAAAGGACCGGAUAAAAUCAGUCGGGUUUAUGGUGAUUGGAUCGACGAUAUUGAAUAACGCCACUGCAUUUUCACAGAAUUGUUGACCAAGGUAUAGCUUUUUAGAGUUGUAACUAUGUGACAGAUUUGGCUUUACCUCUCUUUUGUUCUUGUAGAUUGUGACUCAACAAAGACAAAAACUCACUCAUCUUUUUGUUGUUGUAUAAUCUUCUUCACCAAUAAUCCUAUAUCUAAUCUUGUAGCUGAUCAAACCGAACUAAAUUAUGUUUCGUACUUAUAAACCGGAUCAUCAUCGGUACCUUUUUCUUUGUUUCCAUCGGUCAAUAUUAUCUAUCAUUUUACA